CGGGAACCUGCUCCUCGCGAUCAUCCGUACCCACCGCCUUGGUUUAGACGGACAAAACCACGCCCGCAGAUAUCUAUACAAGCUAUUCAUAAUGGCCGCGUCGCCGUCGAGCUCGCCAAGGCUUCCUAGCCCACCCCCUAUCGCGGAAGACCAGUUGGGACCAAAGUCCCCCGUCGCUAUGCCCAAUGAGCAUGGUGAACUGGGACGCAAUCCUUUCGAGGCAAACGCGUCGAGAAGGAUACGUCCGGGUACAAAAGCCGCGGAUAUGUCUCUAGGCCCACCUCUCGUACCACUGACUGACAUCGACAGUCCCUUUCAACUAACAGAGCAUCUCAAAUCUCUCCACAAUGCCGCCCUUCACCGCGACAAUUCCACAACCAUAUGUCCCAUCGAUCGCGAGACAGCCACUCGGCUUGCCCAUCCUCCAGAUGGCGUGGACAAAUACCUUUGGCUCUAUGAGUUAUGUCGCCUGUUGUGCAAGGAAAUCAACGCCAUGAUCGUUGCAUUGUUUCAAGAUGAACCUCCAUGCUCGGCACAGACAUGUUCAGAAAUGCGCGCCAGCGAGUGGCAGUAUCUCUGCGCUGUUCAUGACCCACCCAAGCCGUGCUGUGCCAUAGAUUACUGUUGCCAUACACUGGACUGGACAAACCAUGUCCUCACAAGCCAGAAAAAUUUCCCGUCGAGAAUGGCGCUCGGUGAAGGCGGUGGCUCUCAAUCCGCUUCUGGACAACUAAGACAGCUUACAAACAUUUUCCGAAGAGUUUAUCGGAUCUUUGCGCACGCCUGGUUUCAGCACAGGGAAAUGUACUGGAAGGUUGAGCUCAAGACUGGACUCUAUGUUUUCUUCAAAACUGUGUGCGACGUGUACAAUCUCAUUCCUCAGGACAAUUACACUGUGCCGCCAGAGGCGGAGGGCAUCGAGCCAGCAACCACAGCGACGGAUUAUGCUAAGCCAACCAUCAUGAAGAGGAGAGAGGACACGAAGGUAGAGCAGGACACAUCAGCCACUGAUAUGCAGCUACCGAAGAGCAUGCUAUCCGCUACAGAAGUCUCGACGACCAAGAGACACAGGGCCACGCCUAGCAUUGGUAGUGAGAGCAUUACGACCGUUUUGGAGGAUCCAGAAGAAGAGGAAGACAAAUCUAAUAGCAAGAUGGAGGAGACUAUAAUUUUGACUGCUGAGCCGCUAAGGUAUUCUGCUGUUGAUGAAAACGGUGGCGAUGGACAACUUUCUGCAGCAGAAGGGUCUGAACCGCCGAAACAAGAAGAAAAGAUUGCAGAAGCAGAGGACGAUGUGGAGGUUCCCAUUAUUGCCGUGGAGGAACCUUCUCCCGUUGAUGAGCAUUCUGCUAAAGCAGAAAUUUCACCCGAAACGACAACAGAGGCUGAAAAAGGUCCGGCAUCCGAGACCCCUGCUACCCUGGAUGUAGGUGAGAAGGAGCAUGAGGCAGCCUCAGUGGCUUCGGACACUGACUCACACGGAUCGUGGCAAGUGCUGACUAACGAGUCCAAGCCGAGCAGUGACGGCAACGAAGCAGCUGCACCGUCGACUUCGGUUACGGAGGUUGAGGUGACUGAGCAAAUAGAGAAGCCUAAGGAAGAAUCACAGGAGAUAUCGCAAGGGUCAGAGUCAUCAGUGCAGGCGGUAGACAAGGAAGGGGAACAUGAAGCUAAGUUGGUCUCAGGGUCUAGUGAGACGGUGGACAAUGAGACGACCGUCGCUAUCAUCAAGGAGGAGACGAGUGGAAUAGCCGAUGGCAAUUCCGCACUAAAGGAGACCGAGGCAGCAACGAAGGAUGAGGAAGGCAAAACGGAAGAUAAGGAAUAAGAUUUGAGUGGAAACAGUAAUGGAGGCGGUAAAUGCGGGUGAUUGAGCCUCUAAUAAUGUCGCAUGUGAGGCAUUGUAAGCAUUAGUUGCACUUUGCGGUGUUCGAAAGGUUGGGGUAUGAUACCCACGUAAUGGCAAGUGUUAUUCUUUAAGUAUGAUUUUACCUUUCUACCAUCUGUUCGAGAAGAGCUUGGCAUAUUUUAGGCCAAAAUCGGUGCUUGACCACCUUAGCCACGUAUCUGGCGUUGUGUUUUCCUAUCCUUCUAAGACCUGGGCUCGUCG